AUGACGUCGAUAGGAACAGGCUACGAUCUCGCAAACUCCAUCUUCUCGCCCGACGGCCGUAACUUCCAGGUGGAAUAUGCCGUCAAGGCGGUCGAGAACGGCGGCACAUCAGUCGGCAUCCGAUGCAGAGAUGGCGUCGUCCUGGCGGUUGAGAAGGUCGUCACAUCCAAGCUGCUGAAGUCCGGCGCCAACAAGCGGAUUGCAACGGUCGACAGACAUCUCGGCGUGGUCUAUUCUGGCAUGGUCCCCGAUGGCAGACAUUUCGUCGACAGAGCCCGCGACGAGUCCCGCUCCUGGCGCGACACCUUCAAGACCCCCAUCCCCACCGCUGACCUGGCCAGCCGCAUGGGCGGCUACCUGCAAGCCUACACCCUCUACCAGUCCGUGCGCCCCUUCGGCAUCACAGCGAUCAUCGGCGGCUUCGACUCAGAGCUCGAGCAGCCCGUAGACGGCGAGGUCGGCCGGGGCCCGUCCGUCGGCGCCGGCGGCAAGGUGGCAGGCAAGAAGCACGGCGGGCCCUUCCUGUACAUGAUCGAGCCGAGCGGCAUGUACUGGGGCUACUACGGGGCGGCGACGGGCAAGGGCCGGCAGGCGGCCAAGGCAGAGCUGGAGAAGCUGGACCUGGCGGGCGACUCGAUCUCGCUGGAGGAGGCGGUCAAGGAGGCGGCGCGCAUCAUCUACGUGGCGCACGACGACAACAAGGACAAGGAGUUUGAGCUGGAGAUGAGCUGGAUCAGCGGCGCCGACGGCCCCACCAAGGGCCGGCACGAGGAGGUGCCCAAGGCGCUGCGCGAGGAGGCCGAGCGGUUAGCUAAGAAGGCGCUUGAGGGUGAUGAUGACGAGGAGGAUAAGAAGGACGAUGAGAAGAUGGACGACUAG